AUGUACUCACUCUCAACGAUCAUAAAGCGCCUGGAAGCAGUCACUUCGCGCUUGGAAGACAUCGCACAAGAGGAAGGGGCUAUUCAUGGACGUCAGCCCUCGCCUGAGUCCAGUAGGAAUGGCGAUUCAUCUGCAUCCGCAGUAGCACCCCCGGCACCCCCAGCACCUCCCCCGCCCCCUCCUCCGCCUCCAGUGGAAGCCGUUGAAAUACCCCGAAGCGUAGCUGCAUACGAUGAAAUAGUUCUUGAAGGAAAGCUCAAACCGUUCGUGGAACUCACGAAAGGAUUUGCUCCGCAGUUUGUAAACGAUCAGGUUUCCUUGUUUUCUAAAGAGCUGCAAGAUCUCCGCCAGCUUCUCCUGAUUGCUACUGCUUGCAAGAAGCCUGAUCAGACGGCAUUUGGGACCCUCUUGAAACCCUUGCAGGAAGGUAUCGAGGCUGUUACACGCGCUAAGGAAGCGGGAAGGAAAGAGCGUGAAUGGUUCACUCAUUUGACAGUGAUAGCAGAGGGCGCAGUGUGUGUAGGGUGGGUUACCGUAGAGCCGAAACCCGGUCCAUAUGUCAGUGAAAUAAAGGAUUCGACCAUGUUUUAUGGCAACAGGGUCUUGAAGGAGUUCAAGGAUAAAGACGCGAAGCACGUGGAAUGGGUCCGUGCGUACAUGGCAAUCUUGGAGGAGAUGAAGCGCUAUAUUAUGGAAUAUCAUACCACUGGUCUAGUCUGGAACCCCAAGGGUAUUGCUGUGUCAGAUUACAGGGCACCAUCUGCGUCGACUUCUGCACCACCUCCACCCCCACCCCCACCGCCCCCUCCUGCUGCUGCUCCCGCUGCAGCGCCUGGGGGUGGCAUCGCUGGGGUAUUCGCAGAAUUGAACCGUGGUGAAGAUGUGACCAAAGGUUUACGCAAGGUCGACAGGAGCCAGAUGACUCAUAAGAACCCUGAACUGAGAGCAAGUGGUGUUGUUCCCGCGGGGCCAGCGAGUCCCAGUAAUACACCCCACAAGAAGCCCAUCAAACCUAUGAAGCCACAGGCCUUGAUGGGGAAGAAACCCUCGAAGUUUGCGCUAGAGGGUAACAAGUGGAUCAUUGAAUAUCAAGAGAACGAGUCAGCCUUGAAAGUGGCAGAUGGCGAGAUCAACCAGACCGUGAAUUUGUUUGGUUGCAAGAACAUAACGAUCAUCGUGAAAGGGAAAGUAAAUGCUAUUACACUCGUGAACUGCACAAAAACCCAAAUCCUCGUUGAAUCGGUCAUAUCUUACGUGUCCGUAACUAAGUCGCCGUCAUUUACGUUGCAGAUCACGGGCUCUGCGCCGACGAUUCAAAUAGACUCCACAGACUCUGGGCAAAUCUACUUGUCAAAAGACUGUCUUGGCGUCGAAAUCACUACGGCGAAAUGUAGUGCCAUCAACGUCAGCUUACCAGUGGAAGGAGAAGAGGAUGGUGUCUUUGAGGAACAAGCAGUGCCAGAAAUGCUGAAAACCGUUGUACAGGAAGGCAAACUGGUGACAUCGGUCGUGGAGCAUGUUGGGUGAAGGUCGAUACCUAAGCGAGCUAUUUCAACUGGAUAAUUGGGUGCAAAAGCUUUGCUAGUGCCAUUAGAAAGUUACAGUGAUCAUCUAAUGGAGUCAUAAUACAAGAUCAGAGUACUGCAGCCACUAAGUUAAGUAUAGCUAUAGACCAUUUUGUGAGUUGUAGGAAA